CAGAAAAAGAGGAUAAAAAGGGGGGUUCUCCCAGCAAAGGUAUGCACGCCUCCCUCAUCUCCACUCCAGACAUUGUUGCUUCUUCUCUGGAUACACACAGCGGCUGAGGCGUGUUUGUGUUAUGCACGCGUGCUUCCAAAACAUCAGUCAGCCUCCGCACUGCCUUCAUCCUCUCAGCUCAGGCUAGCCUGCUGCGCUCCCACCUUGAAGGACCAGACAGAAACUGUGACAAGAACAAGGGGACGAGUGGUGAAGAGAGCAUAAAAGGAACAGUAAGAAAGGAGAGGAGAAAGAAGAGGAAACUGAAAGGACCAGCGAAAGGCAGGACAGAGCGGGAUUAAGGGGACAGAAUAAAAAGGAAAGGAUAUCCUUAGUAUCUCUCUGCCACAGUUUGUGUGCGGCACGUUGCCCAAUAAUGUCUUUUCACUGGAAGCUGCUGUGGUGACUCUGUGGACUAUAGACAGAUCAGAGAGACUUCUCAGUUUGUGCUUUCUGCAGCUGCAGCAGAUGUUGGAGUCAUCCCUGACUUUAUAGGGAGCUCAGGACAGAGGCAUUUUAAACACAGAUUGGACUGGAAUUUCUUUUAAGCAAAUAGAUUUACAUUUGCUUCAUUUUUUUGUGACUUUUGAAUAAGAGACUGUCAUGUUGGGCAUUUUACCGUACCGGGAAUAGGAAGAAGAGGACAACAGGGGUUUCUCAUGUGUGUAUAUCUGUUUGUGGGUGUAUGUUCACUGUUAAUUUUUAACUCCGUGUGAAAGCACAUCUGCUGCCGUGAGGACUUCCCUGAGGAACUCUCCCACCUUUUUUCUGUCCACUUUUAUUCCUCCUGCCUGUGAGAUGGCAGAGGUCACCAACCUCACUGUGGAACCCCAACAUGGAGAUUUUCAUUUGGACUGAAAUCAUAUAGUCCCAUAGCCUGCCCACUAACCAAGAAAAUUGUCCUUGUAUUGCCCUUAACCCUUGCAGGGCCUCACGGACACAUACACCCACCCAAAAUGAUGAACUCUACCCCGGACCCAUUAAACCUGAGCACUGCUGACAUUCACCCCCAAAACGUCUCUGCUCCCUUCUGCCUGCUGGAGAUAGGCUAUACCCACAUCUUCAACACCUGCCUUCUGGAAGUCUCUAUCAUACUUCUCCUUACUGUGCUCAUUAUUUCUGGCAACCUGGUGGUAAUCUUUGUGUUCCACUGUGCCCCUUUGCUUAGCCAGCACACCACGAGUGCUUUCAUCCAGACGAUGGCCUAUGCUGAUCUCCUGGUGGGGGUGAGCUGCCUCUUCCCUUCCCUGUCCCUCCUUCAUCACCUCCAGGGCCUCGACCCCAAACUCACUUGCCAGGUGUUUGGCUACAUGGUAUCCGUGUUGAAGUCAGUUUCCAUGGUAUCUUUGGCGUGUGUGAGUGUAGACCGCUACAUUGCCAUCACACGACCUCUCAACUACACGUCCCUAGUGACACCUUGCCGCGUGCGCUGCUGCAUCGCUCUUAUAUGGUUGUACUCUGCCCUGGUGUUUUUGCCAUCCUUUCUUGGCUGGGGGAAGCCGGGUUACCAUGGUGAUGUUGUAGAGUGGUGCGCAGGUGAGUGGAGGACACGUCCGGCAUUCACAACAUUUAUUGUGGCAUUGCUCUAUGCCCCCGCUGCGCUCACUGUCUGCUUCACCUACGCCAAUAUCUUCAAGAUCUGCCGACAGCACACGCGGGAGAUCAGCGAGCGCCAUGCGCGCUACAGACCUCAACAACUGCAGGGGCCCGGAGUGGCAGUGGGAUCAGUGGCUGUGGUCAAGGACAGCUGUGGGCUAGAGCAAGGCCAGUUGCCUCCCUUGUCACAAUCACAAAAAUCCCAGCAGCACCAAUCACAGCAUCAGCAGCCACCGGCAUCAUACCCAGACAAACGGUAUGCUAUGGUGCUGUUCCGUAUCACCAGCGUAUUUUAUAUCUUAUGGCUGCCCUACAUCCUCUACUUCCUGUUAGAGAGUGGAGGGAUCUACCAUCACUCGGCAGCUUCCUUCCUUACCACAUGGCUGGCGAUCAGCAACAGCUUUUGCAACUGUCUCAUCUAUAGUCUCUCCAACUCUGCCUUCCGCAAAGGGCUCAAACGCCUCUGCUCCUUCUGUCUGCAGCGCAGUGGCAGAGGUUUUGGCCUUAGGAACACCAAAAAGGCUUUCUUUGAGCCUGCUGAGCAGGGUUAUGGGGGAUCUGGGUACGGCUAUGGGCAUGGGGAAAUAAGAAUUGGUAAAACAUGCCAUGUGUAGGCAUUUGAUGUUUUUAGAAGUUGCUUGAUGUACUUGCUAGUGUAUAUCUCCCUUGUUAAGAUUAAACAUGACACAAGAGAGAUGGAAGGGGGGAUAGAUCUGCCACUGCUGUUUCUAUCCAGUUUGGAUGUUGCAGAGGCAAUCCUCCCUGCACAGGCACAGCUGGCACUCAAAAGACAGAGAGACAGAGGAAUCAAGGAGGAAUCAAAGGGUACUAAAUAGCCCCAGAAGGUGUUUGAAUGAUUAAGGAAACUUGUGUCCACCAGAAACCAGCAUAAACAGACAGGACUGAUGAAAGAGAGGGCUUGGAACCGAGGUGGGGAAGUUUUUAAAGAUCUGUGGACUACUGAUAAUCUGCCUGAAGUUGGACUGAAUUUUUGUUGUAUUGGUUUUAUGGGACGUGAAUCCGUAAUUUAUUUUGCCAAAAAAUACAAAAUGUGAGAACACAGUAUUGAUGUUUUUAAGAAAACUAUGUUCUGAAAAAGUAGUAUGUGCAGUAUGUGAAACAUUGUGACCUUUGUGUAUGGCCAAAAUAGGGCAGUAUGUGUUGAAUGCAAAAAAAAAAAAAAAAGAAAGAAAGAAAGAGAAAGAAAAAAGAACAAGAAACAAAUGCAAAACGCAAUGUGUUUUUUCAAAAAAGACCAACAGUUGACUGCUGCUUGUAUUUUAGUGGUAGUGCUGAGGCGAGUUAUAAAGAACAAGCUCUCAAAAUUUGUCUUAUGUGCCCCUACCCAUUGGGUGUUUUAAAUACUCAAAGUGAUGCAAUAGUGUGUGUGUGUUUUUGUGAAUGUUUCUGUCUUAGUUAUACUUAGUAGAUUGAUUGAUUGAUUGGCAGGUUUAUUGAUUGUGCUUAGUCAAUCAAAGAUCAAUUUAAAGACAAAUCUAGCACUAAUACACAUGCCAUUUUGUGGGUUGUCUGCAUUGACUAAAUUAAAUAUGGUUUGGCUGCAUUAAGACACCUGUUUAUGAACUUCAGAUUAUUUAUUGAUCCAUGUUUUUACUGGACUGUUUCUUUACUUAUUAAGUAGUGGGUUGACAGAUUGAUCCUGUUUGUAAAAUAUGAGCCAUAUGAUCUUAUCUGGCUUUAGUGUACGACUGUUAAACUGACAAAAAGCCACAGUAGUUUUUGAUAGAGUUACAUCUGUCAAAUUAAAUCUCCCAGCUUUGUCAAUAUGACAUUCUCGUUGUUUUGUAACGGAAUAAAUUUAUUAUGUAACUACAGUGAUUAUGUAGCUGAAUCAUAGACAAAAGCAAGAUAAAGAAUGUUUGUUUUUUAAUUUUUUAAUUUUUUUUUUUUUACAUUUAUGUUUUAUAAAUCAGUUUCAGCUGAUUUAUCACAGUGUCUUGACCCAGGUAAAGAUAUUAGAGAUUAAUAAUGACUGACCCUUGAACUUUUAACAGUGACCUUUGUCUUUGAAACUGGCUGAGAGUAAAAAGAAACAAAAGCCAUGAGCAUCUUAUUUUGAAAAUUUGAUAUUUGUGUGACCCAUUAAUUAUCUUGUUAGUUGCCUAUAUGCUGUAUUUUUGAUUGCAUAACUUCAGUCGGGGACUAGUGCGCGUGUACACACACACAGACACAUACACACACACACACACACACACGCACACACAGAGGAGGAGCACAUGCAUACAGAGAGGACAAUUAGUUCAUUUUUUGUGGUGCUUGCACAGUAACCUCUGCACAGCGCCAUGAAGAGGGAUUGCCCUCCUCAUCUCUGGGAGUGGCUCUGGCGUGUGUGUCUAUGUGCGUGAAUAUAUUGUUGUCUAUUUCUGUCAUCUUGUCCCCACAUUUUGUUUUCCUCAUCCCCAUCACUUUAGAUCCCUGUGUACUGUGCAUAUAAUGUAACUCAGAGGUUGGAAAAUGAUGAUUUCUGUUGUGAAUGACUCUUAACAGGAUAGGCUUUGUUCUCCUGUUAUGGCCUCUGAUCACUGGGAGGUGCAGAUACACUAGCUUUAUUUAUCUAGUCUACCAAAGAAAAUCAGCUAUAUUUUUGGGUUAUGAUCAUUUUUUCUAAAUAUAUAAUAGGCAGUGGUUUAGUAGUUAGGUGAUAUUGUAAGGGAGAGAUUUACACCCAGCUGAUAAAUGUUCACUGUAUUGUUCGGAUAUAGCGGCGCCCAGCAUGCAUGAAUAUGACUGUUUUUCACAGCAGACAGAUGUACUGCAUUGUUGCCUUGAUGUAUGCAGAAAAAUGACAGUGAUUUGUUUGGAGAGUGUUGUCCAUUUUUAUAAGUAGGCAAAGCCUAAUUAUAAAGACAAAAAGUGAUAUAAAGUAAUAGACAUGCAUUAUAGAUAUGCAUCUAUAUUUGCAAUGGAAGUUGCAUACAAUGCUAAUCUGGCAAUCUUAUGCAUGUGAAGAAAUGAAAAUGUGUACUUGGUCAGCCUCUGUCAUUUUAUUUUACAUACAGUAGGGGAUAAUCCAGUCUUUUUUUAUUGUCUGUUGAGGAGAAUGUGCAGAAAAUCUUAAUUAUCAUCAUAAUUCACCCAUUUUUUAGAAGUUUGGGAUCUGCAUUCAGUGUUCGCCUGUUCUGUAAAUAUGUAACUGAAGGCCAGAUGGAGCAAACACUUGAAUCAGAGAAUUAUAUUGUGUGUUUGUUUGAGUGUGUGCAUACUUUGAUCCGUGUGUGCACACUUGUGUAUGAACAGGUGUGCCUGCAUGAGUGUGGGUAGGCGACCAUGGGCUGAAUUGGACUGUUGCUGGUGUUCAGGCAUGCAUAUUGCUAGAGCUGACACCUUUUUAUUGCUUUAUUAUCUUUACGACUCCCAGACUGUUAUGUCUUCAGGUGUGUUGAUGGAUGCACAAGGUGUCAGGUGUUUUUUUGUGUAAUACAGAAACUCUGAUCUUAUGUCAGCUAAAUUUUUGGGGGGCAUCUGAUGUCUGUUAAGCAUUGCCAAAUAUUAGAAACCUCCUUAGGUCUGUCUACUUUAGCUCUACUACCUGAAGAAUACUCAGUGUACAGUAAUGUGAUGGCCUGUUGAAUGUUGAAUUGUCAAGCUAUCCCAAAAAUAUUUUUGCAAUGUUUUACUGUUCCUGUUUUUUUGACUUAUCCAUUGGGAAUUGAUCAGUGUUGUGGACUGCAGAUAGUUUUAGCUUCAUAGUUACAUACUGAGAUGAUAUGAGUCAUAUUCUUUAUGGAAAUGCGCUUGUCACUAGACUGUUUCUACCAAGGUGUUUUCAUUAUAAACAUUUUUUUUUUUUUGCGCCAAGAAAGCCGAUUAACUUUGGAAGUGAGGUGUGAAGUUCACCACUAAAAGCCUAUUAAAAGAUACGCUAUUCUUUCA